CAGGCUGUGCUAUGGCGGCCCACAUCUUUAAGAAAAUCCGCCCGGCCGGCGCCACCGCCGUCCUCCGCCGCACUAAAACCACCUCAGCCCAAUAUGUGGACUCAAGAUUCCGGGACCCUACAUUCGAAAAGUUGAUGGAGAAAUACAAAAAUCUGCUAAAAGUCAUAUCCAUACAAGACCUCAUCCUCGCCUCAAACUCCACUCCACCUUCCGUCUCCCUCGACUUUCUCCACCACGUCUCCCAGAGGCUCCACCUGAACCGCGGCCCCACCGCCUUCCUCCGCAAGUAUCCCCACAUAUUCCACAUUUUCAAUCACCCCGUCAAGCUCCAACCCUUCUGCACCCUCACCCCGGCCGCCCUCAAAAUCGUCCGCCAAGAAUCCAUGGCUAUAGAUAACUCGCUGCCACUUGUAGUAACCCGAUUGGUCAAGCUUCUAUCGAUGUCCGUCUCCAAGAAGUUGCCGCUUCGAGCCAUUUUCAAGGUCUGGAGAGAAUUGGGACUGCCAGAUAACUUCGAGGACUAUGUUAUUUCAAGCAAUUCUGACAUUUUCUUGCUUCAAGAUGGAAAUGAACCCAAUACUCAUUUUUUGGUGCUCAAUGAUGGUGAAGCAUUUAAGGAUUGUUUGAUUCAUGCGGUUGAGAAUUGGAGGAUCGUGGAGUGUUGUAAGGAGGAUUGCAGUGUGGAUAGGACCGACCUCAGGUAUAGCUUUAAGCAGGGGUUUCCACCGGGGAUGCGAUUAAAGAAGAAUUUCAAGGCGAAAGUUAAGGAAUGGCAGAGAUUGCCAUAUGUUGGACCGUAUGAGGAGCUGGGGGUGGAGGAAAUGAGGAGGACUAAGAGUAGGAUGAUGAGAAUGGAGAAAAGGGCAGUGGGGAUUGUCCAUGAGUUUUUGAGCUUGACUGUGGAGAAGAUGGUGGAGGUGGAGAAGAUUAGUCAUUUUAGGAAGUGGUUUGGAAUUGAUUUGAAUGUGAGGGAUUUGUUCUUGGACCAUCCAGGGAUGUUUUAUCUGUCAACCAAAGGAAAGAAGCACACAGUGUUUUUGAGGGAGGCAUAUGAGAGAGGAUGCUUGAUCGAGUCAAAUCCGAUUUAUGAGGCUCGGAGGAAGCUUCUUGAUCUUGUUCUUCUGGGCUGUCGUGGGUUGGGAAGAGGUGAUGAUAACUCCAAUAGUGUGGAUCAGAGUGAAGAAAAUGAAGUGGAAGAGAUGUACAAAGAUUGAGGUGUAUUGUCGGGUUAAGCUCUUCCUCACUGUGGCGUUGCAAAGUUGGGAGGUAGAAUUAAGUUGAGGUUCGCUGAUCUUAGCUGGAAAGUACAUUAUGCACAAUGCAACAUGUAUUGGAAUGAAUGCUUCUGGUGUUGUUUGCUGGUUAUGAAUCAUCCGUAGCUUAAACAUUCAAGUGGAGAGUUCACACAAGAUGAUUGAUGUUGUCGCUAGAAAUUGCACAGACGGAAUAGCAUAUGAUGACAAGAGAUGAAGACUUGAAAAUUGACAAAUUAAGUUAUUCGAAACUCAGAGUAAAAGAUUUUGUCUUCAUUUUGUAAGUGCUUGAGUGGCUUGAUGAUGUAGUCAAAUAUUCGUGUUUUCUUUGUACACAAGAGGACAUAUUCAUGUUUUCCUUGAUGUGAAUAAAUUUGCAUUUUGAUACACUUAUAUUUCUUCCUCUGGACCUAAUCUUUUAGGCAAAUGGAUAUACAUUGAAGUGAUGAGUAAAGGACUUAAUUUCUUUAAUUACGCAAAGUAGUAACAGAGUUAUAGUAGAUUAAGUUGUUCAAUGUGAUAAGCUUUUCUCAAGACUGUUUCUUUACUUCAAUGCUCUUUCUUCUCAUGGU